AUGGCACCAAAACGUACCCACGAUGGCGAUGCUGCUCCAUCAAAGGGCGAACCCGAGAUCAAGAAGCGCAAGGGUUUUAGCGUUGGACCCGCAAACCUACCAGAUGGCACAUAUCGUCGCAAGACCCAAAAGAUCAAAAAUGACUUGAUUCACAAAGCCAAAGUGAAGAAGGCCUAUGCCAAGAUCAAAGCCGAAGAACUCGCUAUCGCGCCUAGGAAAUCCGUGUACGAUACCGCCGCGGCAGAGGAAGCCGAAAAGAGCAAGGAUGAAGGAAAGACUGUUGAAGACGCAAAGACCCCGGAACUCCACCCGGAUCGCAUAGCUAUGUUGAACGAGCCUGAGCCCGAGCCGACACCUGCACCUAGAGCAGAACGGCGCCCACGAGGGGAUGGCAAACAGAGGGAGCGCAGACCGAAGCCCUCGGCGUUCGCAAAGGAGAUGGAGUUUGCAGAGAAGCGGAGAAAAGCGGAGGAAGCACGACAGAAGGAUCGCGAGGCGAAACAAAAAGAGCGUGACAUGCUGCUGCGCGCGAAGCGGCCGGAUCAGUUUGGCAAGAGGAGAUUAGGCAGAGAGAGCAAUGCGCUGCUUAGUCGUGUGCAGCGCAUGGUUGGUAAGAAUUAG